CAAAAGAAGCAGAAGCUAAGACAAACAUGAAGCUGCUAAGUUGGAUUCGAACUAUAAAGCAAAACGUCUUAAACCAUGCAAAGGAGUUCAAAGGUCAUUUCCGUUGUCUAGGAGCUCAGGUCUCUUCUGAAGUCCAAGACAUCUGUACAAACUCCUUCGCCUUCUAUGAACCAUCUCAUGACCCGAAACCACCAGAAGCCGAUGAGGACCUCCGGUUUGAUAAUGAAGACGUGGUGUUCAGUGGAUUUCUAACGAUCGAGACGCUUGGUGAAGAACCUGAAACACCAAGAUUCACUUCCGUUGAAGAAGAAGAUGUAACCGGAGCACAAAAAGAUAUUGCAAAGCUCUUAACUAAGAAGCUAGACAAGCUUCUUGAGGAAUAUCGCGAGUAUAGUAGCAGUAAGCAAGUCGAGAGAUCGAAGAAUGCAGAAGGAGAUAGAGAAUCAGUUGACGUAUGUCCUUCACAAGGUUAUGAUCGUAUUGGCUUUACAAAGAGAAGCAAAGAAGUAAUGACGAGAAAGGAUUUACUUACAAGCCUCUUCAAAAGAAGAGAGGCAGUAGAAGGAGAGUGUAAUACCAUGGAGAAACAUGGCCAAGGAGAUUUGAUUAAAAGUGUGUUCGAGAACCUCCAAAAUGAUGAUUAUAUGCACAAGAAGAAAGACAUCAGAAAGAAUGUUCAAAUCUUCCGGAGUAGAGUCCAUCCUGUUCUCUGUACAAGUGCAAGAGACGAUAAGGAGAUAGAUGACAGCAGAAGCUGCACCAACCUCAAGGAUCCUCCUCUUAACGGAGGGUUUCUUGUUUCAAGUUCCAUCUUGGAGCCGAACAGGAAAAAGGAAAAAUGGAUCAAGACUGACGCAGAGUAUCUUGUUCUGGAAUUUUGA